GUCAGAGAGUGUUUUCAGCACAGACAGUAUGUGGUGGGGAGCUCUCAGCUUGCUGUUCUGGGUCCCGUUGCAAGCAGCCUUUACGAACAUGGAAGCCAUCACGGUGGAGGAAGGCCAGACGUUCACCUUAAACUGUGUUACUUCUCUGACAAAAAACGCCUCUCUCCAGUGGCUGGCACCCUCAGGGUUCACCAUUUUUUUAAAUCAGCAUCCUGCUUUAAAGGGUUCCAAAUACCAGCUUCUUCACCGUUCGGCUACACAGCUCUCCAUCAGUGUGUCCAACGUGACUCUACAAGAUGAAGGCGUGUAUAAAUGUUUACAGUAUGGAAGUGUCGUGAGGGCGAAGCAAGUGAGAGUGACUGUGUUAGUGACUCCUUUCCAGCCAACUGUGGAAGCUCAGGUUCUCAGAAGGCAGAAUGGAGAAAAACACGUCGUGCUGAAAUGUUCCACGGAGAGAAGCAAACCCCCACCACAAAUCACCUGGCUGCUGGGGGGCGAUGUGGAGAUCUCUGGUGAACUUCACCCUGAAUUUGGACUGGAUGGGAAGACAUGUACCACCACCAGCAGCACCCUCACAGUCCACAGCUAUGGCAAAAACUCAACAGCGCACUGCAUUGUCCAGCACAGCGGCCUGCGAGGACAGAAGCUGGUUGCCCCCUUCCGGUUUGAUGAUUUGGUUGCAGAUCAAGAAACAGCUUCAGAUGCCCCUGAGCAGAGCUCUCUCUCCUCUCAAGGCCUCCAGCAGCCCGAGAGUACGGUCUCAAUGAUGGAAAAUUCCAGUCUACCCGAGACUGACAAGGAAGAGAAAGAACACAACUCUCAGGACCCUGACUUGAACACUGAAGCCAGUGCUCUAUACACAGGACUGACGAGGAGGAAGAGUGGCAUUCUGCUGCUCACACUGGUGUCCUUCCUCAUUUUCAUCCUAUUCAUCAUUGUUCAGCUCUUCAUCAUGAAGCUGCGUAAAGCACACGUGAUAUGGAAGAAGGAAAGUGAAAUUUCAGAGCAUACUCUAGAAAGCUACAGAUCAAGAUCCAACAAUGAAGAAACAUCUUCCCAAGAGAAUAACAGUCAGACUUCCCAGUCUAAGCGUUGCAUGAACUACAUCACGCGGUUAUACUCGGGAGCCAAAGCAAAGCAUUGCAAACCAGAGGACAAGCACAGUCGUGUCCCAGAGAGCAUUGUGUAGUGUUCCCUGCAAUAGAAGAUAGGAUUUCGGGGCAGCCGAAUCGGGCUCUGGGAAGGGGUGUAAGUACUGUGACAUGGAAAAAAAAUGUCCAUUGAGUACAAUUCAAGACCGUGUCUGUUGGGCCAAGGCAGCAACAUGAUGACCAAGCCAUGGACAGAAAGCUCCUCAUUGAAAGAAAAACAUAGAAAGAACCUAUUAUGACUGACACUACCUCAGAGCUGGAGAACUCCGCUAAGUCUUUUGGAUUAGGGUCACUAUGACCAGUGAACAUCUGACCUCGAGUUUUUAGAUGUGGGGCUGCAGUGGAACUGUUUGAAUUGAUUGAAAAUCUUUCCUUCUGGUCAAAAAGAACAUAAGCCUGAGAAGCAUCCAAAGACCUGAGAUACCAGAAGCCUGCUUUCAUGACAGGCUCUCAGGAAAUUUCACAUGGACAAGAGGGAAAAGUGGGACAUCACAGCAUGUAACAGACACGACUCCCCAGAGAUUCACAGCUCUCAACAAAGACCUGCAUUCAGCUGCCGAAAGGCUUCCUGACAGACAAUUUUUAACCUAAUUACACCAUGGCAAAAUCAUGUAGAGAGCAGAACCAUGAGUUUGACAAACUGUUGAACUCAUGAAUGGUUUUUGGAACUUUUUAUAAAGACUAGAAUGUGUCUCUUUA